AUGGCAGCACCAUUCACGUUGAGGAAGAUCGGAGUUCCACCGAACUCAGCUAACCUCACUGAAGCUCGCCGCCGUGUAUUCGAUUUCUUCAGAGCAGCAUGUAGAUCCAUCCCCACCGUAAUGGACAUUUACAAUCUACAAGAUGUCGUCGCGCCUUCUCAGCUCCGUUUCGCAAUCUCUGCUCAGAUUCGUAAUAACGCUCACGUCACCGAUCCUAAGGUGAUUGAUCUUCUUCUGUUCAAGGGAAUGGAAGAGCUGACUGACAUUGUGGAUCACGCUAAGCAGCGUCAUCACAUUAUUGGUCAAUACGUGGUGGGUGAAGGGCUUGUGCAGAAUACUGGAAGCAAGGAUCAAGGGAAGUCUGAUUUUCUCAAGAAUUUCUACACCAGCAACUACUUCUGAACUGGUGAUUGUUUUCUCUACUUGUUUUGUAAUGCUACCAAGUUUCGCAUAAGCCUUUUCCAAAAUUGUAUUUUCUGACUUUAGGAAGAACUCUUCUUCCUGAGAAUAAAUAAACUUGUCAUUUGUAUGAGUUUUCCCAAACCAGUGUUGGGUUUUAUCUGUGAGUCUGUGACAGUCUUUGCUGUGCAAAUAUUGUUAUAAUUUGAAGAUGCAUAAUCAGCU